AUGGCAUCCGCAUCCGCCGUCGCAAUCCGACUCGGCGGCGCCUCGACGAGAGUCACCCGCUCGCCCGCUCGCCCGCUCGCCCGCUCGCCUGCCCGGCCGCUCACCGACCUCGCCCGUCGCGCAUCGCCAGUCGGCCUCGCCCCCGUCUCCCUCGUCAUCGCCGUCUUGCCCUCGCGCGCGGGGGUCCUGUGCCUGCCCAGACAUCGCCGCCGCCGUCGUGCUUUGCCGUCGUCGUCGUGCCUUGCCGCAGCGGCGUCGCGACCCGGCGCCCCGUCUUCCGUUCCCCGUCCCUUGCUUGGCUGA